AUGACCACUCGCAGCAGAGACGGCACACGCAAACAGAAACAGGUUCUUUCUUUGCUUUCCUCGUCUAUCUCUCCUAUUCCUACAAGCCACUUAAAAGCUCUCUCUGAUCCAAACUGGAAACCCUCUAUGACCUCUGAGUACGAUGCAAUUAUUAAGAAUGAGACGUUUAGGCUUGUACCUAGACCACCUGAUACUAACAUAAUUCGCUUAAUGUGGUUAUAUAAGCAUAAAGUUGACGCAGAGGGCAACCCUACUCGUCACAAAUCCAGGUUGGUAGCUAAUGGCAAGUCGCAAGAGGCUGGUCUCGACUACGGUGAAACAUUCAGUACUGUCGUCAAACAGUCAUAA